CGGGUUAUCCGCUUCGGUGGCUGGCGGCAGCGGCAGCGAGGAUGAGCGACGGCGGGGCAGCGGAGGUGGCGGCGGCGGUGAUAACGGCAGCGGCAGCGGGUUAGGCGCUUGCAUGACGUCACCUCCACACCUGCACGUCCCAGACAGCCCAGGCAAAGUAAAGAAGGAUGCCGCCAUGGCAGCGGCAGCUUCUCGAGCAGCAGCAGGGGGCGGCGGGGGAGGUCCUGGCGGGAGCAUGGCGGGGCCGAUGACGCCAUCCACCAGGGGCGUGUUCGGCGACUGGCUGUGGCGCGGCGGCGGCAUGCUGUUCGCCGCGUGUACGGCGCCUCGCCGGCCGCCGCUGCCUGCUGCUGCUGCUGCCUGCGAGGGGGGGCAGCAGCAGCAGGCGGGGGGCCUGGGCGUGGGUCUGCCCGGUGCUGCGGGCGGUGGUGGGGCUGCGCGGUCGAACUGGAGACGAGGAGGCCUGCAGAUAGACGUGGGAGGCGGCUUCGAUGACGAAACAGAUGAUGAUGAUGACGAGGAGGAGGAGCAGGAGGAGCGGAACCGAGCGGCAGCAUCCGGGGCUGCCGGCGGGGUCGUCUUGGGGCGCGAUGAGAGCUCGGAGGAGGAUGAGGAAAGUGACGAAAGUGACGACGAGGAGGAGGCCGCCGGCAUUGGUUCUCGACCCUCUUCGGACGGGCAAGCGGUGGGUGAGGAGGGGGGCCCCAUGGCUCGUGACAGCGCCGCUGCGGAUGCGGUCAGUGAGCAGCAGCUGCAGGCGGGCAUCACGGCGGUCGUGGCGGCCGUGACCAACCAGGCCUCCCGCGCUGCCGCCGCCGCGGAGGGCGGGGCGGCGGCGGCACUACGGGACGAUGACACCGUCCGGGCCGCGGAGGAGGUACUGCGGGAGGUGGAGGGAGCGGAGCGGGAGGCGGCGGCGGCGGCAACGGCGGG